AAUAUUCUAAAUCCAUAAUUUAUACCUUAAGUAUGUUAACCAAACACCGGCGCUUGUAAACAAAACAUUUUAAAUUUAGUACAGAACCCAAGAAAUCCUACGAAAAGAAAGUCUUGCGUCCUCAAGAUUUUGGAGUGAGGGAAAUCUUCUUCAGGUUAACCAAUAUCACAGAUAUAAGUAUCAAAAUUCCAAAAGCACCCAUGAAUCUGUAAUUUAAGUAAACUUCCUUAAGAAACACAGCCUUUUGCCAACAUCUUAUUUGAGCCAGUUUCAAGGGAUGAACUCAUGUUGGCUUUCUUCAGGAAUGAAGUAUGUAUUCCAAUCAAGUUCGUUUCGACAAGCUAAUGCCUUAGUGCACAUCUGUGUGCCAGGCUGCACUAUUACUUCUAUAGUUAAAUUGAACAGGCACCCCAAAUUUUACUGUAGAGCUGCUGCUUCUGUGAACUACAACUCUUGUCUAGGGGCACAGUGCGCUUCAAAAUCCUUCUCAGAAAUGGCACCUAUAGUUCCAGGAGCGGUUAUUGUGAUUAUGGGUGUCAGUGGUGCUGGAAAAACAACUAUAGGUAAUCAUCUAGCUGAAGCUGCAAAUUGUGCUUUUCUUGAUGCAGAUGACUUCCACCCAGAUUCUAACAAAGAAAAGAUGAGAAAAGGAAUUCCACUCUCAGAGGAAGAUCGGAUGCCUUGGCUUCAAAUAUUACGCAAUGCAUUGAAAGAGCGCAUAACAAAUGGGGAAAUUACUGUUCUUGCUUGUUCAGCUCUGCAGAAGAAUUACAGAGAAAUUCUUAGGUCAUCAGACCCAAAUCAUAUUCCGGGGAGACAGGGUAGCCCGGUGAAGUUUGUUCUUCUUAAUGUUCCUGUUGAAGUACUUGCUGACCGGCUGAAUAAAAGACUGACAAACGGGGAACAUUUUAUGCCACCUUCAUUGUUGCAGUCUCAGUUAGAGUUACUUGAGAUUGAUGCCUCUGAAGAAAUACUUCAAGUUGAUGCUACACAGAAUCCCACAAUUAUUGUGGAAACUAUAAGACAUUCGCUUGUCCAGAGGAAGAUAAUUGAAAGCUACUGACAGGACUGCUAUAUAUAUACACUUACAUUUCUGAUUUGCCCGAUUCUAAAUGGCUCUAAUUCUUUUCAGCUUGAUUCUUAAAUAAGUAGAUAUGGAGAAAGUUGUGUUGUAAUUCAACUGGUUCAACAACCAUGAAUGUAUAUGUUGUUGAUGUUCCCUUGUAGAAACUUAAAAGGUGGGUGUAAUGGAUAAUUCAACUGAUGAAAUCAAGAUUUAAUAAUCUAUUAUGUUAA